UGGUUUAAAAAUGAUGAUUGGUUGAUGAAGCAGCGUAAGGUACUUGAGACAGAUUUAGACAUUGACCUUAAUGAUGAACAGGGUUGGAUAAUGAAAAAAAGGUGGAUCAAUGUGGAUGAAAAUAUGGGUAUAUCUAUGAUAGGAAGAGUUAAAACCUUUUCAUUAUCAACUAUAACGGCUUUGUCUAAGGAUGACAGUACAUGCUUCGGGGCAGUUUAA